AUGCAGACAGCACCACCAACGCAACGGCGACGCACCUUUUCGCGUGCGAACGGUGCCGAUGGCACGACCGUUCCGCACCUAGUGGCGGCCGAGGAGCGCCACCGAAAGAACCUGCAGCAGAUCCAGCAGCUGAAGCAGGCACUCUGCUCUACCGUCAGUGGUGCUGGCGCGCCCAACAUGUCCGCGCCGUCGUCGAGAGGAUGGUCAUCACCCUCGUCUACGUUCUCAGUGCCGGCGCCUUCCGGCCCUUCCUGGAUGGCGUCCUCCUUCGAGAGCCCCAACGGCGUUGUGGCCUCGCCAUUACGGACAACCGGGGGCACGACGCCUGAGCCACACCGACCGAUGUGGACCUCCGCAUCAGCGGCCGCAUUGCGCGAGAGCCAGCAGGAGGUGGAGCACCUUGUGCGGGAGCGCAACAAACUGCAGCGGCAGUGCUUGGAGUGGGCCAGUCUUGUUAGUGCGGCGCCCCAUCGCGCUCUCCCGAGCGCUGGCACGGACGCGCCACUUGCAUUUCACUCUGUUCUCGAGACUGGUGCGUGGUCCCCGGUGCACGAGGCGGCGCUCGCAGUUGUGAAGCAGGUGGCGCGCUUUUACCCCAGCGCGGUACACGAAGUGGAGAGCAAGUCAGACGUAGUGACGGAGGACGCCAGUGCACCACCGUGUGCGAGAUCCUCAGCGUUGUUCGCAGCACAUGAAGGUGAGCUGAGCGCGCUACGCCUGCACAACAACAGCAGUCCGCCGCCGACCGCGGAGGAACUGGCAGAUGCGCUUCAUCGCGUGGCUAAGUUUCUACCGCGCUUAGCCUCCAUGACGUCUGCCAGAGAACCUGUUGCUGCGUUAGGGCCAGAUCUGUUGCACCACAUCCGCGCCCUCGAGGAGGAAAAGCAAAGCGACUGCCUCGCCGUGCUGUCCAUCGUGGACCACCUCACUGAAGUCGCGACACGGCUGCAACAAGAGGCUGUGGAGAAAGACGAGGCGCUACGUGUAAUGCAGGAGACGGUGGGUGGGCUGAUGGAGGAGAAGUCACAGUGGGCAUGGCGUGCUCGGGCGAGCGAGGAGGCGUUGGCGGAAAGGUAUGAGCAACACAGCCAACGAGAGAAGGCCUGGGAGAGAGAACUAGCAGAGCUGCUGCAGUCCAAACAAAAUGCGGAGGCUGCCUCCGCAGCACCAAUGGAACUCCCCACUCCUACCACAGUACACCUGGCAGAGGACACCCGUGCUGCCUCGGCGAAGGAGGCCGGGGAUGGACACAUUGCACACCUACAGCAGGUGCUUGACACCAAGGAAAUUGUCCUUUCUACUUUGCAGGAGGAGCACCGUGCCCUUCAGGUCAUGCAUGCAGAGCUGCAAACUCAGAGUCAGAAGGCUGAGACUGCUCACCACAACCGCAUUGCAGCGCUGGAAAGCCAAUUGAGCCAGUUGGAAGCAGAGCUGCAGACCCAGCUUAGUAUUAUCAAGUCGACACGGCGCAAGGCCGAGGACGUGCCGCAAGCGCAUCCGGCCGAGACGGCCGCUUUGGCGGAGUAUCCCAGAGCUAUUUUAGCCGGGAAGGAGGCGGCACUGCCCAGCUUACAAGAAGCCAAGGAGGGGGUUGAGGUUGAGGUGGUCGAGCACACUGCAGACGUAGCGCAGAUUCAUGCGGAGCUGGAGACUGCUUCUGAUAAGCUGGCGGCAGCCCAAAGCACUUCAGACCGAGUGGGUUCCUUUUUGCUGGUGUGUGACGGCGUCUCAGGGAGCAACUCGCCUGUGGCAGUGUCGACAGGCCCACUACGGCUCACAGGACUCAGGGAAGACGUUGCUGAAGGCAACGGCGCCGGCGCCAACGUACCGCUUCAGAUGGAUGAACUUAGCACCCCCAGAAGACGCGAGAGGGCGGGGAGUGACGAUGUGGAGGAGGCGGCAGAUUCACCAACGAAGCACAUGGACGUACGCAAAUUGCAGCAGUCGCUGAAGCGCAUGAGUCGAGAGAACACGGCCCUCAAGCGCAAGCUGGAGCAUCGUGGUGUUGCCCUGGCAGAGAUGGAGGGCGAGCUGGAAGCUGCACAGCGGCUGGUGGCGCAGCGAGAUGCACAAGUGCAGGGACUCACUGCGGAACUGGAAAAAGCCAGAGUAACUACUGCAUGGGCUCCAGCGGGCGCGAAGGUGGCAGACGAGGACGACACCGGCGAGGAGACCGACGCGGAAACGCCGCUCCAGUUGUUGGACUUUUCAGAGCUGGAGCGAUACGAGGACGAAGGGACACUCUACCCAGAUCCAGUAGACUUGUCCGAGUGGCUUCUGGGAAGCACUGAAGGCUCCUCAGUUCGAUUCUCGACCUACGUGCAGCACCACCUCAGCGAAAAUGAGCAGCUGCGUAUCACUGCAGUCGGCCCUUUGUACCACAUCGGCUUUACUCUCCUUCAGAUGGAAGGGCUCGUGAGGCAGGAGACUGGCCCGUUUUGCCUCCCCAUGGCCUGGUGCCGGUUUCUGCUUCAACUGCAACAGGUGUUGGACACGCAGCUGCAGGCGUCAGUGCUGAGCCCUGCGGAUUCGGCCAAGUGCUUCUAUGCGUUGGCGAGCAGCGCAGGCCUUUUCGGCAGCCGUGCUAAUCCUCCUCCAGACCCGCUCACGGCGUAUUCGCUGAUCAUCGCUGCCUUGUGCGUGUGCCUGCGUUCUUCAGCAGCCUCUAGUUCGAUCAACAGCUCCAGCAAGUGGCACUGCUGUCAAGCAAUACUGCGCCACGUAUCUCACUACGGGGUAGGCAAGGCGAUGAGUCAAAUGGGACGCAACAUCACGGACGCAGACUCGCAGGUGCCGGACGAUCUGUUCGCUGCCCUGUGUGCCGAGUUCCCACCAGCGACUGCAUUACCCGAGGAGGAUGCCGGAGACGAGAGUAGGGCUGCAAGCGGCGGGACGGCGUCUGUGGCUCCGCUGUGCUCAGUUCGUCUUGCCGCACUCCUCUCGAGCGACUUUCUGAGUGACUGUCUACCCAUAUCGACCUUCGCAUUGUACGUUGCGGCUCUCUCUGACAUUGUCAACGUCAAAGUCGCACCUGACGAGCACCUGCUCGCCGCAAAUUUGCCGACGGAAACGACGCAGUUCUUUGAGGUCGCGCGGCCGCGUUUGAGCUCCACACAGGAGCAUGAUGUGACCCCGCUACUACUGUACGCGGCUCGACAUGAAUACCUUCUGUUUGGCUGGGCGCAGGAGAUGGACGACGCAGUUGCCGAAGCUGAAGGUAGUGCACCCAGCGGAGAUUGCCACAGUGCGGAUACUGCCUUCCUUACACUUUCCUCACUUGGCGUCUCCUCGACGUGGCCGGCAUCGACGAGUGUGCCCAAGGCACCACCUUGUUCAGCUACUGUCUCUGCCAGCGCUCCGUCCCCCACCGAGGUGGAGUCGAUUACGCAGCUGCUCAUCUUCCUGUGCACCGGGGUAUUGCCGGCUCUCGUGCUUGCCGCUUACCACUGCCCUUCACUGGAGCGGGAGUCACAUGUCAUCAACGCCCUCUUUCGCACACGCCGCUUGCUCAUGGCGAAACGGACUGCACUUCUCGCCAAGAACCCGACCGAGGCAUCCGCCACCUCGGAGGUGAUGCCGGGUGCUUCGCUGCUGCUACCCGAGGCCCCGCUACGCAAUCUGGUAAAUGCUGCACUCGCCCCCAUCAAGCACACGGCGCCCUUUCCAGAGCGAGCGGUGCAGGUGCCAGUAGCGGACUAUGAGCGACUGCACCAUGAACUUCUGUCUCUGUACGAAACAAACGAGACGUAUCACGGAUACAUUCGAGAACUGCUGAGCGCAGUGGAGACGGCGUAG